CCACGUGCCCCCCGGGCCCUGUCGCGCUCCGCUGCCCCGGGCGGGUCACCGCGCCCCGGCGGACCCUCGCCGCGGGGGAUCCCCGCACGGCCCCGCCCGGGGUCCAGAGGGCACCGAGUGGAGACACAUCGCGGCCCGGCCCCACCGCCCCCCCUGCACGGCGGGGAGGUCCUCACCGCACCGGGCCCGCCAGGGGGCGCUCUCGCCGCGGGCGUGUCCGACGGGGCGGUCCCGGAAGAGCUCCGGGAGGGGCGGGGGUGCCGGCGCCAUGGGCGCGUUACUUAUUCUACUCCUGCUGUCGCUGCCCUGCGCCGUCGGCGGCGCGGCGGUGUGCAGGAGCUGCCCGGGACCGCUGCGGAACGGCUCCAUCGUAGCCGAGUACUGCGCAUCCCGGCCCGGCACCGAGAGUGAGGGGCGCUGCUGCCGGGAACGGGGCGCCCGCCCGGAGCGGCUGCUGGGGCUGGAUCUGAGCAACUGCUCCUUGCAGAACCUCCCCCCGGGGCUGGCUGAGGCCUCCUCUGCUGCUGUCCUAGACCUGACUGAGAACCCCAUGACGACCCUCCCCUACGGCUCCUUCCUGGGCUUCACCCUUCUGCAGCUGUUAGCGGUGCCAUUGCCACUGGACUGCCCAGGUGGGAGCGGUGCCUGGGAGAAGGUGACGACGAGUGGAAGCAGUCGGCUCUGCCAGGGCCAGAAGAAUUCCUGCAACAGCUCCAGGGAGCCCGCCUGGCUGUGUCCUGAGAAUGCUGCCUGUGCCCCGGACGGUCCCAGCCUCGUCCAGUGCCUCUGUGACAGCCCCUUCCACGGGUAUAAGUGCCUGCGUGAGGGCACGUUUCCGGUGCUGCUCUUCUGUGGGGUCCUGGGAGCCACCACCCUGUCCCUGUCCCUUCUGCUGUGGGGCACCCAGCGCCGGAAGGCUAAGGCCCCCUGAGAAGACCUCAUAAGCAAGGAGGGUGCUCAAUGUCCCGGAGGGGCCUGUGCUGUGGGGUUACAGUUACUGGGCAGUGGAGAGGGAGGAAUAAAGCCCAGGGCAGCCUC